CAACUACUAGUUAGUGGUUUGCUGUUAGUAUUAGAUAGCUAGGCUCCAAGGUCCAUCACAAAUGACUAGCGUCCUAGAAAGAUUUGGUCAUGAGGUGGUUCGCUAGUGUGGAGGGAUAGAGGUGUUGCCUUGGCCGCUAGCCCUCUCCCCCGGGCCCCGGCCCCUAGAGUCAAACCGUAUAAUUCCUAGGGCCUCACUGCGGCCGCCCCGGCCGGGGAUAUAUACACACGUACGCCGCCUGCGCGCAGGCCGUGUCGGCGUGCGCCUGCGGUCGCCAGUGAUCGGUCGACCGGCCGGGCUCCUCUCUCCGCCAUGGCGAGCGGCGGCAGCUUGAGGGAGCAUCAGCAGCAGCAGGAGAUGAACAUCUCCUUCGGGAUGGUGAACAACCACCACGGCGGCCACCACCACCACCACCAGCCUCCGUCCUCGUCCUCCUCCUCCUCCAUGCAUGCGGCGGCCGCGAGCUUCAUGAGCGGCGCCAAGGAGGCGUCAGGGGCGUAUGACCAUCUGGGGGAGCUGGACCAGGCCUUGUUCAUGUACCUGGAUCACGGCAGCGGCCAUGGCGCCACGCACCAAGAGCAAAGGCAGACACUCAACAUCUUCCCUUCCCAGCCCAUGCAUGUGGAGCCAUCGCCGAAGGGGGAGAUUAGUUUAGUCCUGUCCCCGGCGCCGGUGGGAUCCAAGCAGCCUAGGUCACCGGACCAUCACCAUCACCAGCAGGCCGCCAUGGAGGAGUUGGCGGGGAGCAGGAGGCUGCAGCAGGAGCACCACCACCUGCAGCACCAACCCUUCCCUGCUGCCGGUGCUGAGCCUGCAGCGGGCGGGAUGACCAAGGAUGUGAAGCCACUGGCCAAUAAGAAGGAUCACAGGAGGGGCACAUCGACAUCUGAACGCGAUACGAAAACACUGAGAAGGCUGGCCCAGAACAGGGAGGCAGCGAGGAAAAGCAGGUUAAGGAAGAAGGCUUACAUCCAGCAGCUGGAGUCCAGCAGGAUCAGGCUAGCUCAGCUCGAACAAGAACUUCACACUGCAAGAGCUCAGGGAGUCUUCUUCCCCAACAGCAGCCUCCUCGCCGACCAAGGCGUCGCCGGCAAAGGCGUCCCCAUCGGCGGCAUCGACGGCCUCAGCUCAGAGGCGGCGAUGUUCGACGUGGAGUACGGGCGGUGGCAGGAGGAACACUACCGCCUGAUGUACGAGCUGCGGGCGGCGCUGCAGCAGCACCUGCCGGAGGGGGAGCUGCAGAUGUACGUGGAGAGCUGCCUGGCGCACCACGACGAGAUGAUGGGCAUCAAGGAGGGCGCCAUCAAGGGCGACGUCUUCCACCUCAUCUCCGGCGUCUGGAGGAGCCCCGCCGAGCGCUGCUUCCUCUGGCUCGGCGGCUUCCGCCCCUCCGAGGUCAUCAAGAUGCUGUUGAGCCACGUGGAGCCCCUGACGGAGCAGCAGAUCGUGGGCGUGUACGGGCUGCAGCAAUCGGCGCUGGAGACGGAGGAGGCGCUGAGCCAGGGCCUGGACGCGCUCUACCAGUCGCUCUCCGACACCGUCGUCUCCGACGCGCUCAGCUGCCCCUCCAACGUCGCCAACUACAUGGGCCAGAUGGCCGCCGCCAUCAACAAGCUCUCCACCCUCGAGGGCUUCGUCAGACAAGCGGAGAGCCUUCGGCAGCAGACGCUGCACCGGCUGCACCAGAUCCUGACGACGCGGCAGAUGGCGCGGUCGCUACUGGCGGUGUCCGACUACUUCCACCGCCUCCGCACGCUGAGCUCGCUCUGGGUCACCCGCCCCAGGGCGCCGCAGGAGCAGCCGCAGCAGGGCCACAGCUAGUGCCCGCGGCGGCGGCGGCGGCGGCCUUCGUCGACCGCCGGCGGCGGCGGUGACCACCGCCGCAGCGGCGCACGCAUGCGUCCAUGCAUGCGUAUAUGGGCAUGCAUGGACGCAUGCAUGGUGUGCUCGUUCAUCGCCAGUGAUCUCAUCAAGAAGUUAAAAACCCAGCAGAUCGAACCAGACCAGCUUGCAGGUAGUAGCUAGUAGUUUUUAGUAGCUGCUUGCUAGGAGGGAGAGAGUGAGGUCGAGGAUCGGAAUGAUCAUCAUCAACCAAAAGGAUGUUAAUCUUAGCGACUGUCGUUGGAUGCUAGUAGAGCUUAGCUAUAGCUAUUAGGUGUGAUCGAUCCGUCGGUCGUCGGCUGCCCAUCAGUCGACGCGUCUGAUUGAUGGUUUUAUUAACUAGUAAUCUGCUUAUGAUCGACUUUGGAGAUGAGGCGUUUUGAUUAACUGCAUUGUCGAACUGUUGAACAAACCAACAAGCAUGCAUGUUGCUUUUGACAACACUGCGCAGCAUGUUUGUGUAGCUCGAGAGAAUGAGACUUGAGAUCAUUUAU